AUGGUCAGACAGCCCAACCAGGGCGAGCUGCUCAAGCAGAUCAGGGCCAUACGCACAUCGCAAGACGAGCAACAAUGUCAGAGCUCAGAAUGUAUGCGCCAGGACUUUGAUGACCUGGGCCAAUGGACACUUGCCGCAAAACACCUUGCAGCAACUACACAGAAUACCUGCCUCGCCGCCCUCCUAGAUCAGGACACCCAAUCCCUCCUCACUCAGCUCUUCUGGGACAAGCUCGACCAUGAGCGCUCCUCUGUGGCAAAGCGCUCCGAGAGUGUACUGCCGACGGUAUUGCUGCUUCUGGACCAGAUCGCCCUGGGCCGUCCCUCUCCAAGCAAGGUAGCUCAGUCCUCUGGCGGGCGAGCCCCCCUCUCCCACCUCGCUUCACUCCUCCUGGAUCGAGCAAGUCAGGACAUGGAGACUCGUACCGCGCUAGUCAUCUACGACAAUCUCCUCUCCCUCUAUGACGCCGAAGAGGUUCUCAAGCGCACCCCUGACCUCUACUCGCAGCUCAUAAACAAGUUCUCCGCUCAGGUGGACAUUCCCACGCGCAGGUCGAGAGUCUGUAUGAAGAUUGUCCGCCGCAAGGGAGAGGCCAUGGGGCUACGCUUCGACAGCACAGAAGAGGCUGUCGCGAGCAAGGCAACGACUUCUCAAGCUGCGAUGUGGUCAGAGUGGGUCGAGUACACCACCCGCCCCAUCAUUGAUGCUUUACAGUCUGAAGACAGCUACCGUAGGACAUCGACCAGCGUCUACCACCUCGUCGAAUUGUUCCAGCUCGCUCCAGCUUCCAUCUCGGCCGUACUCGCAGGCCUUAUGCAACAAGCUCCCGCACUGCCCAACCUCCCAGCCGUCCUUGCCACGCUACGAGCUGGCAAGGGAUACGGACUAUGCCGGGUGGGAGAGUCUGCAGAAACGAGCAAUGAGACGCUCUUGGGCGAGGAUCUCAUUUCAGCUACUCGCACUGCAGCUCUGCACCCCAGCGACCAACUCUGCAUUGUGAUUCCCGCAGCACUGCUUGCUGCUUGCGGACAGUCCAGCGACGAGGAGCUGCAGGUCUCUGCCUUCUCACUCGUAGUGGAAACCAGGAGUGCCGUCUCACCACUGACAAAGGACGAGCUUGCCCUUUUGCAAGCGUUCCUCGAGGCGAGCUUUUCCAGCACGCACGCCAGCGGUAGAGGCUCGUUGCACUCCCUGUUCGGCAAGCUGCUUGCUAGAAUCACUGCCGUAGGAUACGCGGCUGAGCGUGAGAUUGCAAAAAUCAAGGACGACGCCGAACCAGAGAAGCUACGAGCCAGAGAGAAUCACCAGCUCGCUCUUCAGUCGAGUCGCGACUUCCUACUCUCCGUCACCAAUGUGAUUUUGCGAACACUCCAUCCCGGAGCACCCUACCACAUCGUCAUCGCAUCCUUGACCUUCCUUGAGCUGAUUCUCGCUGCAGGGGUCGACCCACAGUACGAGCGAAGUGGGGCGGGUGACACAGAUCCUGGCCUCAAAGCUACAUUUGGCACCUUUCGCAAGGAGUACUCGCUUGGCGUGCGGCUCAUCGAUGGCCGCAUGGUCAAGAUUCUGCUGUCUUGUGCAGACAGCACCUACCCUGACAUCCAGGCAAGAGCCCUUGGUCUACUGCAUCGCUUCCCUGCUCCUUUGCAUGGACUGGAAGAUCAAGUCGCUGCUGAGCGUGCGAUUUUGUUGAAAGCGAGGCGGUUGCUCCUCAGCGGCAGGGAUUCCGAAAGCUCUGCUGCUGGAGGACUACUCAGAGUGUAUCAACAGGUCUACAUUCGACGACUCGGCUGGACGCCAACACCCCUCCUCAAGCUAGAAGGAGGCAACCAGAGCACCCCGACCGUGUCGGCCUCUUCACGCGAGUUACUUCUGUUCUCCGAUCUCUUGGCUUUCUUGGAGGCUCACAUCAAGCUAGCAGAGACAGAAGGUCUGUUCGAAGCGGCAAAGAACAACCCACUACACGGCACCUUGAUCACUCUGCAAAGAAUGCUCGACGAUGCCGUCUUCUGGUCCGCUAUUGAUGGCGAUGUGGCCGGUCAGCAAGAGCUCCGCGCUGAGUUCGUCCGAGCUCAGGCUUUAAUCGACAGGAUCUGGGAUGUCACGCGGCCGAUCCUGUGCGCAGCUGCUCCCGAAGGUAAUGAUCACUCGGGAGCUGCAGAUAUUGGCGGCGGCGAUGAUGCCGUGGAUGCAGCUGACACUGAGGUAGCAAGGGCAUUGGCAGCUGCAGAGGGAGGAGCUCUCGAUGAUGCAAUGACGGAGACUAUCAUCCGCAAGUCUCAAGUGAUGCUCUCUUACUCCUGGAGAGGCAUGAAGGAAGCUGCCGCGCUGCUUGGCAAGCUCGUCUCCUCUCCGCUCAAGCAUGACGCGAACAUCGCAAAGGCUGUCUGGACCGAAGACGAAAUCCAACAAGCCGGUGAUCGCUUCUCGUUAUGGAUGACAGCUGUCCGUCACCGCGGUGCUUUCAGUACCAUUUACCCAGCCUACUCUAGUGCCGCUGCCGCAAUAGUGAGAGGUGACUGGCUGGAGGUGAAGGAGCUGCCCAAGAAAUGGCUGCAGAGUUUCAUUUUCAUGAUCACCGACGCCAAGAGUAGCAUCUCUACCACUCGACGCAGCGCAGGCAUUGGCUAUGCCGUUCUUGCCUUGGUCACAGCACUUCCUCUGCGACAAGACCGAGCGCCUCUUCAGUCGGCUAUGAAGCGGCUCAUCGACGCAGCCGACGAAUGCUUUGGCUCAGAAGAUCCAAAGAGCGUAGCAGCACAUAUCCACACCAUCAAUAUCCUGCGUGUGCUCGUCCUCGAUGCAUCACUAGCCGAGCCUAUGAGCCCCUUCACAGACACGCUUCUGUCUCUUGCUAUUCGCAGAUUCCAAUCUCCCGUCUGGUACAUCCGCAACGCAGGCUUGAUGCUCUUCGCAGCUCUGUCGCCUCGGGCAUUCCCUGCUCGCAAGACGAACGAGGACGCUCCUUCCUCUCAACUCCCAGCCAACCGCUUCUUCCAGCUGUACCCUACCCUCCACCCCGCCCUCAAGGAUCACCUCGACAGUGCCCUGAAGGCAGGACUCCACAAGGCGAGCAAUCGUGCAGACGCCGAGCAGGCGGGCUCGCUAUAUGCAGUGCUCUUCUUGCUGUCGAGAAUGCAGGCCGUAGACCAUCAAGAAUCUGGUGCGGCGGACAUUGAAGGGCUGAGAAAGCUAGUGGGCCAAUGUCUUGAAAGCGUCGACUUCAAGAUCCGCGAAAUUGCCAGUCGAGCUUACAGCUCAUUGACGACCAGAACCAAUGCGGCAGCGACAGCUCUCGACUUGGUCAAUACUUGCCACUUUACAAAGAGCGAAAACUCGCUCCAUGGCUCCCUGCUGGCUGUAGCCAGACUAGGUCGAACGCACGGUGUCGGUACCGGUCACGCCAAAACCGCGCAGGCGCUCAAGGUGAUGCCUGGUAUUGAUUCGUCGAGCUCUCCCGCUGUGCAAGAAGCGUACAAAAAGGCCGUUGCAAUCUAUGCUGAUGCUCAGCAAACGACUGAGAGCGACAAGGUCAAGUACUCGGCCCAGGAUCUGGUCUUGCGCCGACGACAGGUGCUAUGGGGCUCUUCUCAAUCGGUAACAACCAAGAGUCUGGGCUCCUCUCCGAACGCUCAGGCAGAUGAGUCCUUCAUUCAGCCAAUCAUCGAUUCUCUGUUCUCACCUGGCCUUAACAACCCCACCCAGCGUAUUAUGAACCAGUGCUUCUACGGUCUCUUCGCGACCCUACUGUCACUUCUCAUCGGUACAGGUGGGAAUCCGCACGUCCUCUUCUUGAAUGUGGUAGCAGUAUGUCUCUGGGCUAGCGUCAAUUGGUUCGUUGCGGAGCUGGCAAGAAUGACUCCACCUCCAAGCUCCGAUGACUUCACGGCUGGUACAGCCGAUUUCCAGCUGCGAAGCGAAGCCGCUGAUGAGCUUUACGAGGGUUAUGAUGAGGCCACCUACCUCUCAGGUCUCUCUACAGUAGGCACUACUCUUGAGGAAGAGUGGGAUCGUCUGGCCUCUGUAGCGUUUGAGAGCGGUAGAGUCCCACUGAGGGAGUCUGCUCUGACGCUACUGGGCUGCCUCACCACCUCGCUUCUGCAAACGAGCAGCGAUGCAGAUUACAAGAAGAAAGCAUUGGUCAUGUACUCCAAGCUGGUCUGCCUGUGCGCGAAGGAGGACGAGCAUGUGGAGUCGAGACUUGCUGCCAUCCAGUCUCUGGCUCGCUGUGGCCGUUGGCUCUUCUCGCCUUCUCGAUCGGACGACCAGCAGUUGGCGGAAGGGGCUGAACGAGCCUUGUUCAAUGCCAGAGUGGCAGUGGUGGACCUGCUGCAAGACGAUGAAGAGGAAGUGAGAUACAUUGCUGCCGAGCUCAUCUCAAAGGCAAUUUCUGCCUCUUCAUCGGAAGAAGGUGCAGUCGCCAAUGGCUCUCAGGGUACUGGACAGCUCGAAGCAGUUCUCCAGGCCGCGAGACAGAGCGUCGCUUCCAGCUCCAUCAGUACCGCUCGUGCAUGGGAGUGGAUGGAUGCACGCUACACAGCGCCUGAUGGUAAAGACCUCUGGACGAGACACCUCUGCCGUACCGUGAUGCUUCCCUCAGAUCGUGGGCUGUCCUCCUCUCUCGAAGAAGCACUCCAUCCUGCCGAUGUCCUCUUUGCCGUAGAGCGGCCCAAUCUCUACCGCGAUGUGGAGAUGGACGUACUUCAGGCUCUGGCCGUCCUCGAGUCGAGAAAGGCAACACCGUCCAGGAGGUACAUCGAGGAGUGGUUCGGAGGUAGAGCUGAUGCAGUGACGAAGAUGGCCGGGCAGCUACUGGAGAAGGAGGAAAGCACGAUCUCGGUGGUGGGAAGGGUGUUGGCGGUGAGACUGUACGCUGCAGCCAUCUUGAUGGGCAAGGGAAGAGACGACGUGGAGCGAGUGAGGAAGGAACUGGGCCAAAGACUGCGCUAUACCCCUGCCUGA